AUGGCUGCAAACCAGUCUUCCAGCAGCGAUCCUAGCGCAAUCUCGGUCCAUACGAACCGCUACCCGGAGCUCACUUCGCGAGUAGCGUUAGGUCUACCACGCACGCGUCAGGUAACGCGGGACGAGCUAUCGUCGUGGUCCAGGGCAGACAUCCGAACUCUGUGGGUCGCGCUGCGCGAGAUGAACACGUGCGAGCACAUUUUCAAGUCGUGGAUCGAACAUUUUGACAACGUGGAGCUGGGGAGACAGACGCGUCACGAGAUACGGAUCCGACACCAGAUUAACCAGCUCCAUGCCCAGGCCCAGAUCGCCCUGCUUGCAACGGAGAAAAUCGUCGAUGCGUACCAGCGCUUCAGCGAGAUUAUGGCGGAGCGGCUGCGACGAGCGGCAGAGUUAGACGGCCGGCUUACCCAGGAUUCCAGAGUCGUCGACACAGCGAACUUCGUCGGCGAGUAUUCCGCAGAGGUGUCACGUCAUGUUGCGACCAUGUGCGAGAACCUCCGCACGCUUGUGUCCACCCUCGAGGAGACGCACGACAGGAAACCGAACUUUAUGGACAGGAUUAUCAUGUGGCUGGAAAAUGUCUUCGUUGCGCUAUUCCAAGCCGCCGCGAUGGCCGCGAGAAGCUACAUGCCCAACGGAAUCUUUGUUGGUGGUGCAUUAUCUAUAGGAUCCACUAUAUCCUCGGCGGCGGCGGCAAUCACAGCUGACUUGGACAACCGGGGUCAGAGCAGCGAAACCUUUCGGACAAUUCUGCAACUCCUUCGAGAGAGGAUCCCCCACGAGGCAAACCGCGUGGCGGAGAGUUUGCGGGUAUUUGAUGGGUGUCAUCGGGCAUUCCGGCUCGAGUUGGAGGUUCGAGAGAGGGAGCUCAGCAUCGAUGUCGACGUCGCUCAGCAAGCAGAAGAGGACUGGAGAUGCACAACUGUCCAGUUACAACUAGUGAGACCAUGUCGAGUAGAAUGA